AUGGCCUACAUUGCGCCAAUCCACCGCCCGAGCAGCGUCCGUCACGCCAUCAAGCUCAAUCUGCUCUCCAACGACGAGGAGAGCCUUGUGGUCGCAAAAUCGAACCGUCUUGAGCUCUAUCUCCAAUCCGACGAUGGCCUCGUCUUGCACCAUUCGCAGGCCGUCUACGGCAAAGUCACCAUGCUUAACCGGCUGCGCCCCGCAAACGAGCCGACCGAGCACCUCUUCGUUGGCACCGAUCGUUACUACUACUUUACCAUGGCCUGGAGCCCCGAGGAGAAGCAGUUGAAGACAGUCAAGACAUAUCAGGACCUGGCAGACAAAGCUGCCCGCGAUUCUCAGACCGGAGACAGAAGCUUGCUCGAUCCUACCGGGAAAUUCAUGACCUUGGAGCUGUACGAAGGAAUCAUCACCGUGGUACCUCUUACAGAGAAAGGCAAAAGGAAAGGCGACCCCGAAAUCAGUGUCCUGGGCGAACCCGUGCCUUCCCGCAUAGAGGAGAUGUUCGUGCGCUCAUCAGCCUUUCUCCAUCGCAAGUCACCCGAAACCGAGAAGCCGCUCCUGGCCCUGCUUUACGAAGAAGACGAAGACAGCAAGAUCCGACUGCGGCUACGUCAAUUAGGGUUUCAAUCUGCUGGUGCUGAUGAACAGGCCAUAGCAGCGCUUGAUACGGUUGAGGGCUUGAAGGAAGACCUGGAUCUUGGUGCAAGUCAUCUGAUACCCGUCCCCGCUCCAUGCUACGGCGUGUUGGUUCUUGGUGAAACGUCAAUUACCUAUUUCAAUGACUAUACCAAGGCUCUCGUCAAGAAACCUCUGGAUGAGUCUACCAUCUUCGUUUCCUGGGAGCAGAUUGACAACCAGCGUUUUCUCCUCGCUGAUGACUUCGGUGGAUUGUACUUGUUCAUGCUCCUCCUUGACGAAGGCAGCGGCCACGUCUUUGUAGGCUCCCAUGAGGGUGAUUCGCAGGUCAUUCGCAUUACCGAGGGUUCGACCGAGGUCGUUCAAACUUUCCACAACAUUGCUCCCAUCUUGGACUUCACCAUCAUGGACAUGGGCAACAGGAGUGGGGAAGGCCAAAGUAACGAGUAUUCCUCUGGACAGGCUCGAAUCGUCACAGGCAGCGGUGCAUUCAAGGAUGGAAGCCUCCGAAGCGUCCGAAGUGGUGUUGGGCUAGAAGACCAAGCAUCUGAAGACUUUGACGACACUCUGUUGGUUUCUCUCAUCAACGAAUCGCGUGUAUUCUGCUUUGAUGCCGACGGACAGGUUGAAGAGGUUGAGGACUUCAAGGGUCUGCAGCUCGCAGAAAGCACUUUGCUAGCCAGCAAUGUGCCAGGAGGUCGGCUCCUUCAAGUCACAGAAUCUGCCGUGAGGCUGACAGAUCUGGAGAAUGGCAUGGUCGUCUCAGAAUGGAACGCUCCGGCAGGCCAAAUGAUCACUGACGUUGACUCAAAUGAUCGCUUCGUCAUUCUUUCCAUUGGCGGCAUCCGUGUCAUCAUCCUUUCUAUCACGGAUACCAUCCAGGUGACUGCGGAAAAGGAAUACGGUGCAGAGGACCAACUGUCUUGUGUAGCUAUCCCGCACACGACCGACAACAUCUGCUUUGUGGGAUUCUGGCAGAAUUGUGCGGUGGCAAUCCUCAGCCUUGACGGACUCGAGACAAUUGAGACCAUCCGUCUGAGCGACGAUGGCUCUUCGGUGCCGCGGUCACUUUUGCUUACCCAGAUUUUUGCGGAUCAAAGCCCCACUCUCUUCAUUGCCACCGCAGACGGGAACGUGGUGACUUUCGCAAUGGACCCAUCCACCUUCGCUCUAUCAGGACGCAAAAGGCGCCUGGUAUACUCAGCAGUCACGGCGGAGAAAGCGACCUGCGUGUGUCCCUUCAACGCCGAGGCCUAUCCUCGAUCUAUUGCAAUCGCUGCGUCCGGGGAGCUACACCUUGCCGUCGUGGAUGAAGAGAGGAGAACACAUGUUCAGACCUUGCACGUCAAUGAGACGCGAGUACUGAGAGAUCGUGAGGAAGUAGUUCAGGGUCAUUUCAGACUCGCUGAUGAGGUCGUCUUCAAAGAACUACACAGCUUCGAGAUGAACGAGUACGAAAUUGUGGAGUGCGCGAUCCGGGCCGAGCUCGACGAUGGCGAUGGGGGAGUAGCCGAACGUUUCAUCGUAGGAACCUCGAACUUGAUAGACGAAGAGGAUUCAGGCAGCACAAGAGGACGGAUCUUGGUGUUUGAGGUCACCGAAGACAGACAACUCAAGGUCAUCGCAGAGAUGUCGACCAAGGGCGCCUGUAGGUGUCUUGCCAUGAUCGAUGGCAAGAUUGUCGCUGGAUUGAUCAAAACGGUCGUUGUUUACUCUUUCGAGUACCCUACCGCGAGCACGCCUCUUCUCGUCAAGAAAGCCAGCUACCGCACUUCGACCGCACCCAUAGAUAUCACCGUGACCGGGAAUCAGAUUGCAGUUGCCGACCUCAUCAAGUCAGUGUCGGUGCUUGAGUAUCGCCCCAGCGCUGGAGAGCAAAACGACGAGCUCAAGGAAGUUGCACGCCACGUCCAGGUCAGCUGGAGCACGGCUCUUGCCGAGGUCAAUGAGAACACAUAUCUUCAAGCCGACGCGGAGGGUAACCUGAUCUUGCUGGAGCGCGACGUGAGCGGCGUCACCGAAGAGGACAGGAAGAGAUUGAUGCUCCGGGGUGACAUGCUACUUGGCGAGCAGGUGAACCGUAUCCGGCGCAUAGACAUGGCCACCGCCUCCGACGCUCCCGUCAUCCCGAGAGCAUUCUUUGCUACGGUCGAGGGCUCCAUAUACCUCUUUGCUCUCAUCACCCCGUCCAAGGUUGAUCUCCUUAUCCGCCUGCAGUCGCAGCUCGCGGAAUUCGUGAAGAGCCCCGGCAACUACCCCUUCCUUAGAUACCGCGCCUUCAAGACCCAGGUCCGCGAGGAAGAGGAGCCGAACCGUUUUGUUGACGGUGAUCUCAUCGAGCGCUUCCUCGACCUCAAACCACAGGAGCAGGAAGAGUUGGUGAAGGGAGUGUAUGCGGAGAUUGAUGUUGAGGAGGUUAGGGCAUUGGUGGAAACACUACGGAGGCUACACUAG